ACAUAGUUCCUCUUUUACUCGGCCGUUUUUCGUCUCUUCAUAUACGACAUCGCGACUUCACUCGACGAGUCUUACUUCUUUUCAUGGCGAUGAGAAGCCUACAUAACACUGUACAAAAUUUUUUUGCUUCAUAUGAGAUUCGUUCUCGCCUGGCUUCGCAACAUUUUCGCGGUGUUCUACUAUAAGAGGAUUCUCCUUGUGAAUAUGGCCGACUUUGUGAAAACUGUUGGAAAUGUUUACCACAGAGACGGAGAUCGAAAGCAUGAGCUGGAAAUGAAGAAAGAAGAAGAUGGAUUCCGUCUAUCAGUGCAGCGUAUUGACAAUGAAAAUGAACUUAAUAAAGUAAAAGCAGGCCAUGAUCACGAAUACAAAUGCUUGAAAGAAGGUCACAAACAUAGUGAAGAAAUGUUUGAUAAAAAAGGAGAUUUGGCAUUGCGGUUUCAUAAACAACAAAUUCAACUAUAUCAAGAAUUGGGAUGUUCUCCUGAAGCAAUAAUGAACACCGUUUCACAAAAUCUACCAGCAAUAAAGUUUGACUAAAUAUGUCAGAAAAAGGAUGGCUGAACUGAGAAGAAAACAUUGAAAAUUAUUUUUAAAUACUUUUUUUAUAAAUUUUAAUGUAAUUUUAUUAUACUACAGUAGUUGCCAAUAUGCUUGUAAUACUAAAUAUCUAAAUUUGUAUACAACAUUGGUUAUACAAUUAAAAACUCCGAAAGCACUCAAAAUUCGAGACCUAUAAUAAACGAUUCAUUAAUCGAGAAACGAUCAAUGACACACUGCUCAAUGAAAUUUGACUUUAGGCUUACUUUUUAAAACAUUUAUUGUUUUAAAUUGUAUUUUAAUUAAAUGGGGUUUAAUCGGUUUAACAUUAAUAAUGAUAAAUAAAUAUUCGCAAUAUAUGGAAUGUUAUUCAAAAAUUGGUAAAUAUAGAAUUUUAUUUAAUUUUUCUGAUGAAUGUUGUUAGACGUAAUUAUGGACAAUAUAACAUCUUUAUUACUUAUCGAUCUUUAGAUCGGUUAGUAUGUUGAUAGGUAUUUGUCUGUUUGUUUGUUUGUUUGUUUGUUUGUCUGUUAGAUACACGCGAUAUCUCACGAAAGCGAGGUUGAAUCUGCUCCAAACUUGGCAUGUGCAUUCAUCGUAGUUCGGAACAGGAGCCUAUU